AUGGCAUGGCCGGGGGUACACGCCUUGUUGAUCCCUUCCGGUGUAAAGGAGGAAGAAGAAACAGAGAUCCGCUCCCCAAAGCGACGGUACUCGGGGGAAGGCAAAGGGCCACAAGAGGUACAAUACAAAAAAACCUUCUUUUUUGUAAAAUGCCGCCCUUGGUACCUUAGUGUUAUUCAUAUAAUCGUCGCCUACCACUAG